AUGUAGCGCUGCGGGGUGGCGGAGCGAACGGAGCCAAGAGUGAUCCGUAUCGUACUUCAGCUUCCCCAUGGAGCCCGUCAAGCGUAAGCCUUGGGAGAUGAAUGUCGGCAAGAAGGACUGGCGUUCAUCUGACGAUUGUGUUUUGUUCUCGGAACACUUCACGCCAGACAGCGACAGCGGCGACUUGCGCCUGCUUGCCGAGUUCGGAAUACCCGGGACAAAACUGAGGCUACGGCCAGGCCCGAUGCCGACCGUGUUCGCGCACCGAUCCAUCCGGAAGGCAGUGCCCCGGCCAAACAUUGUGUUCGGGUGCAGCUACAUCGGUGGCGGAUCUAUGAAACACGCGGAUGGAGUGCACCUUUCUGCGAAACCGCCGCUGAUCUCGCCUUUGUCCAUCGUCGAUGAAGGCUGUGUCCACAAUUCAAGUGCCGUUUCUGGCGAGCCAUGGUUCAAUCUGCACGUGGACACGGUCUACCGCGCACCUACCUCGAGGACCCUGGCGUCACUAAGAAGACAUCGGCAUGACGGAUUCUUGGGCAUGAAAAAAGCUGCGGCAGUGACGGUCUUCAGUGGACUCGGCGGCGCGGCCGUGACGAUGUUGUCUCACGUACCUGUCUACAUGCAGGUAGCAGCUGGUGUACGCAUGUCAAGUUGCACAGUUUGCUGACCAGCGCGCGUGGUAGAUACGACGCUGAUUGUCGUGUCUGACGUCAUCGACUAGGAACAGCUCAAGCGACACCUGCCUGAGGGACAGUUCUACUUAAGGAGUAGGCGGACUUCAUGACUUCCAUUCGGCAGCAGAGGGUGCGGCUACGACAACGUGCCUAACUAUUCGCCGUAUUCUGUACAGCUAGCCGUGCAGGCCCGAUGGCCAUCGGCAGUGCAUCGCGCGAUCGACACCGACCUUGACGAGACACAGGAGCGCGCCGACGGCGAUGAAGAGCAGUCCCACGGUGCGUGUGUGUGUCAUGCCGCCCCCCACGCCGAU